AAUUGUUUGAUUCAGACAGAAAAAAAAUGUUAUCGUAACUUAUCUUAAUUAUCUCUCGAUUCAUUUCCUCUCACUUCCCCUUCCGAAGCUGCAUGGCUUUUUCUCAUCCCGCUCAUAGCUAAUGCCCUCUUCUAUUAUUUCAGUGUAACAAUGGAUAGCGAUGGAGGCUCCAAAUUGACUGGGAUUAGGCAGAUUGUGAAGAUAAAGGAAAUGCUCCAGAAGUGGCAAAGUGUGACAUUAGGCCCAAAACCUUGCAAUUCCCUUUCUGAUCAUGUGGCUAAUGAUGAUGGAAGCAUAUCACCAUUGAUCAACAAAAGGGUAGUGAAUGUGAUAUCGGACAACGAAGACAGUUGCCAAAGUCCUGCAGAACCGCUUCCGCCAGCUGAUGUUCCAAAAGGGUACUUGGCAGUGUAUGUUGGACCUGAGCUUAGGAGGUUCAUCAUUCCCACCAGCUACCUUAGCCACUCUCUCUUCAUAGUUUUGCUGGAAAAGGCUGCAGAGGAAUUCGGGUUUGAUCAGAGUGGUGGCCUCACCAUCCCAUGUGAGAUUGAGACCUUCAAGUACCUGCUCAAGUGCAUGGAGAAUGAGCAGAAAGAGCAACUCGGUGACAGUGCCCGUAAGUUAUUUGCAUUAAUCUGGAAGCUCAAGGACUGUGGAAGAGUAAGUAGCUAUUCCCAUAUUUCUGCACGUGCAAAAUCAUAGGCUGGCUUAAGGUGCAAAACUGGACCUCCUUGUUACCAUAUUUUUGUUUUGAUGUCUUGUGUAUGAUAGAAUACCCUAGUUAGAAAGAUUUCAAGUGCCUUGGCAGCAAUUUUUUUUAGUGGACAUUAAACCUCCUUUUAUUCUGUUUCGGUGAA